AUGUCUGUUUACAUCACGAACCCAACGUUAUUUGUGAAGCCCUCGACCACUGUAACUGAAGGUAGUCUAUCACAAUUGGUGGAUUUAUUGAAGCAACUGGAUCUAACAACCCUGAUAGACUUGACAUAUGCCUUAUUAACUAAACCAGAGCAUUGCAAAUUGAAUGAGUUACUUGCAAUAUGGGAAAUCAGAUUACUACUACAUGUUGUGACCUAUGACCUUAAAAGUGCAAAGAUCGAGGGAGUCAACUUGAUUAAUGCAUUGUACAUGAGAGAAAAUAGUAUAUCAAUUGGAGCGCCCAUGGAACGACAAGAAGUAUACCCACUCCCAAAGAAUAACGAUGGUAUAAUACAAUACGGUUUAUUGAUAUUAAUGAUACGUUUGAAGAGCACUGUUGACAUGAACUUAGUUAACGAAGUAUACAAACUAGGGUAUCAGAUACGACUUAAAAAUCCAGAUAAAUUGAAGCUUCAGAAUUUAAGUUAUUAUGUUAUGUCCAUCUUAAUAACAACAAAUGGAAAUUGGACUCUAUUGAAUUUCACUGGAAGUUUGAUUUUCCAAUUAUCUCAAAAUGCAUCAAUUAAUGAAAUAGAUAAGUUGUUCCUUUCAAAUGUCACUGCACUUGAAUUUCUAGUGGAAAAGAUUUUGGGAAUUUCUCCUUCUAAAACUGAAGACGUUCUCAAUACUUUUCUAUUGCCAGAGACGGUUUCUUCUGUUAAAUAUUUGUUCAAAACAGAAUCUCUUGCUACAAUUGAAUCAGUUGAUCAGAAAGAUAUUAUAUCACUCUUGGGACUUUGGGAACUUUCAAAUACUUAUGGAGCCAAAAUUGAAAAUAACGAUUUUAUUCUACACGCUUCAGAACCUCUUUCUGAAAUUGACCUUUGCUACCAAUUGAUUUUCCGUCAUUGGAGGGAAGACUGUAGUAGAGUAUUCUGCUUUGAAAAAGAGGAUAGUGUGGUGAAGAAGACAUAA